CCCGUACAACCUUGAGUGUGGCAGUAAUUUGAUUAACUUUGACAUUUGCUUGUCGUUUGGUUGCUGCUCCCAGGUCUAGAGUGUAGACCUUCUAACUAUCCUUUUAUGCUGACAUGAAAAACCUAAUCGAAUUAAAAACUGAAGCUAAUGAGCUUUUUAAAAAAGGUCUAUACCUAGAAGCUAUUGGCUUAUAUGACGAAUGCCUUAGUUUAUGUGGCUCUGACAAGAGCAUGAAGUUGGUGUUACAACGCAAUAAAGCCCAAUGUUUUUUAAACCUGGGAAACUUCAGUGACGCCCUGACGGCUGCCCUGGAAGCUCUUAGUAUCUCUCCUGGUGAUCCGAAGGCGCUCUAUCGUUGUGCACAAGCUUAUGAAGGUAAAGGAAUGUUAAAAGAAGCCCUAGAAACUGGAAGAAGGCUUAUUCUAGUUGACCCUAAGAAUAAAGCAUCUCAGGAUCUGACUCACAAACUAGAAACUUCAGUCGCUUCGUACGUCGCAGAAUCUGAAAGCCUUACAGGGAAACUAAAGAAGAUGUUCGCCAUCGUAAAUGACAACUCGAGCUCUGCUGAAGAACUGGAACAGGCUAUAGUUAAUUUAUCUAUCCUAAUAAAAGAAAACCCGAAAGUUGCGAGUUCUAUGAUCUGGACAAAUCCCAGUUUUUCGAAGAUCUAUUCCGUUUGCAGGAACUCUAAUCAUAAGUUGACUAUUGCUUGUCAUCGUUUGUUAGCUCAGCUCGUGGAAAAUGAGCGGGAUUGGGGUCUUACCGUUUUACAUGAACUUACACCACAGUAUUUUGUAAACGGGAUAUUUUCACGUAAUCCUGAACAUUCGCUGGAACGAUGUCGAUUUUUAAAUGCUAUAUUGGAAUCACUUACUCAAUUGAAAGCUUAUCAUAGUGCUAAAGAAGCUGCAAGCGUUCGUAAGGAGAUUGAAAGUAAAAAAGUAGCACCAUGUUCUUACCCGAAAUACAAGAUUGAUUCUACAGUUGAAAAGCCAGUAGAAGGAAUUUUAACAAGUCUUCUUCGAUCUGUAAAUAGCUAUCGGUUAUGCCCGAAAACUCGAGAUUAUAUUUUGGAAAUAUUGGUUAGAUAUGUUCCAUCUGAUAAAGGUAUUGGAUGGUCACAGAAAAUUUUUAAAAUAGAAGGUGUUAUCGAUUCUUUACUAGAGGUAGCUUGUGCAAGUGGAAUAACUUCAUUAAAAAAUUGGCGUUCAUCUCGUAUUAAUAAACAUAGAAAUAAUGAACUAAUUUCUAAUAAACAUGAAACAUCAUGUCAAAAUUCACCAGAUGGAAUUCGUUUAGCCACUACAAGUGAUACACGUAUGACUGUAGCUUGUUUAUUAGCUAAGAUAUGGGAUGAUUUAACUUCAGACAAAAGUCGAGAUGAAUACACUAAAAUAUGCAAAGAUUUUAUCAUUGAAUUAUUCGCUGAUAACUAUAUAGAAAGUAAGGUUGAGGCUGCCUCAGUUAUUGGUACAUUAUUUCUCGGACCUUAUGAAGUUGGAUCAGGAAUAAUUUCUCAAGAAGGGGUUUUCGAUGGUCUAUUACUUCUUACACAAUGUGAGAAUAAACUUUAUCAGACAAUUGCAUUAGAUACAAUUGUAAUUGCUACACAUAAGAAACAACAAUGUUUAAGUAUAAUUUCUAAAGCUGUUCCUUUAUUACAAUCAUUAUACAAAAGUGAAAAUGAUGGUACUAGAAUUCGCGCACUUGUUGCUUUAUGUAAACUUGGUGCCGCUGGUGGUACAGAUGCUAGUGUGAAAAGUCUCACAGAAGGUUCUAAUGUACUUCUUCUCAAAGCAUGUCGUCGGCUGUUAUUGGGUAAACGACAACCAGAUCCUGAUGUAGAUGAUAUUGCUGCGAAUAAAUCAGCCGAUGUUCAUUUUAAUUCUGAAGGAGAAGUUGUUGUAGAUGAGAAUGAUGAUGAAAUUCAAAUUGAAGAAGUAUCAGUUAGUCAACCAGUGGAGAACAAAAAGGAUAACAAACCUGUAAAUGGUUCUACUACUAGUACUAUUCAUUUCGAUGACUUAGAUUCUGCUCAUUGGGCUGUUGAAGGUAUGGCUUAUAUAACAAUGAAUGCAGAUGUUAAAGAGGAAAUAAUUAACGAUGGUGAAUUAGUGUCAGCUUUAUUAAGUUUCCCUGAACAUUGUCAGAAAGACUCAUCAUUUGCUUUGUGCAGUGUUUUAGCUCAUUUAACGAAUAGUUUUGAACGUCAACAGAUUGAACCAGAAAUCCUUGAAUUAGCGAAAUUUUCUAAACAACAUAUUCCAGAAGAUCAUCCAUACGAUUCAGAUGCAUAUAUUCAAAAACGUCGUCAAAAAUUAGUCAAUAUGGGUCUAGCUUCUUCAUUAUAUCAGUUGACAAUGCGUAUAGCUACUACUUUGGUCGGAUCAAAUCAGGGUUUGUCCGAACUAAUUUCUCGCAUUUAUUUAGCCUGUUCCGAAUUAGUUGAAUGUCGUGGUAAACUUGUACAAAGUGGUGCUGGGAAAGCUCUUCUUAAAUUAUCAAAGAGUGAUUUCAAUACCGAUACAGGUAAAACGUUAGCUUCUCAAGCUCUUGCUCGUUUGACUAUCACUGCAGAUCCACGUGUAACAUUUCCAGGACAAAAGUCUUUAGAACUUGUUCGCCCACUGCUUCAUUUAAUUCAUGCAGAUUGUAAUGCACUACAAAAUUUUGAAGGUCUAUUGGCUUUAACAAAUCUAGCUUCAUUGGGAGAUACACAUCGGUAAGUAAUGGAACUUUUAAUAUAUGAUGCUAGCUGGUUUCCACACAUCUGACAUUAUUCAUAGUUAUUCAUUCGUAAUAAAGCAGGGAUAUAGUAGUACUUUUCUAUAAUCAACAUCACGGGAUGAUUUUAGUUAAACAACCAUUGAAAAUCAGAAAUUACUGGACUGCUGUCUCGUCAUAGUAUUCAACUCCUCAGCAGUGUGCAUCCUCUACUUCUCUGCCAAUCAAACCCUGAGCUUUUAGGUCUUAUGGUUAGCGUUCAAUCUUUAGACUACUGAGUCGGCAUCCGAUAGCUUACGUGUCUAACUUAAUCAACUUGCGAUAUUGCAGAGCCAUCUUUUAAUGUCACUGGUGGGUAAUUGUCCCACAACUGACAUAGUUGAACUCCACUGGAUACGGCUUCUCACUAAAACUCCUGGAAUUACCUCUCCAAAUUAGACACUUGGGAGCAUAUUAUUGUUAUUAUCAUAUAUGGGGUUUAUGGAGAUUGAAUUUCAUAGUUAACUAAGAGCCGUCUGUGGCAUUAGCUAUGAAAUUCAACAACCUCUACAAACCACCUGUAUAAUAUAAAAUUAUUGUUAGGCUUAAAUGACCUGACAUUACUUUUUAUGUGCACAAUAAGCAUUCAAAAUUUUAGAUCGGAUAAGAAUUUAAGUCAUUUUGUGUUAUCGUAUGCUCAGAAAAACAUCAAUUUCUCACAUGAAAAUCUGAAUAAGGAAAGGUUAGAUAUCAAAGUUCGAAGAAAGCAAGUAGGUUAACCUUCUUAACUCACACAUUGAACACUAAGUAAAUAUACGUUAAUAGUCGGGGAUUUAUGGUAGCUAUCGGAUUGGUGCAUAAGUAAUGAUUAUGAUUGCUGUAUUCUUGAUUCAGUUGGAUACAAAACACAAACAAUACUCCUUGUAGUGCAAAAUAUAGUGAUAUUCUGGAUGACUUUUCGGUGGGAUUUACUAAAUUAGUUAUUUUACAAGUAUUCUCAGACUUAACUUAUUUAUAAGGAAUGUAUUUUUUUAAAAAUCAUAGAGCAUUGAACGGCUAUAAGACGUCUAAGCUGUGAACAUUAACGAUACCACUUCCUAUGUCGGUAAAUAAAUCUGUUUUAUGAAAAUAGGAUAUACUGUUCGUUACUAUUCAAUUUGUUUUCAGGGUCACUGGGAUACAAAGGUAAAGAAAAAAAAAAGAUCUUUUUAAUUACUUUCUACAAUGCAGAAGAAAUUCUUCAACGAAAAUAUUUCGUAUGAUUAAUUGAUAUUCAUUUUUUUCAAUGAUUUCCUAUUGUUUCUUGUUUAUUUCUCAGCUAUCGUAUCAUGGCAGAACAUGGAUUACCUUUGAUUGAUCAUUGUCUUUUUGAAGAUCAUCCAAUGAUCAGGAGAGCUGCAACAGAAUGUGUAGCUAAUUUAGCUCAAUCUCAUAGUUUUGUUAUAUCUUCCGGUGGUACUAUUCCUUUGGAUGAUACAGAUAUAGCCAAGAAGUCAUUACAUCUUACAUGUUCUACAGAACGUGUAAAAUUGCUCGUUUUAUAUUGUGGAGAAUUAGAUGAUUUACUUCUUGUACGUGCAGCUUCCGGAGCUCUGGCCAGUAUGUCAUAUGAUCCAGGAAUUAUAAAGAAAAUUACUAAUGUGAGUUCGACGGAAAGAAAAAGUUCUAAUUCACAAAAUCAAAUUGCGAACUAACCAUGUUUUAUUUAUGGGUAGAUUUUUAAAACGUUUUUGUAUCAAUGAUAUAAUUCCAUUGCAACGAAGAUAGUUGCUAGAGACUUGCAAACAAAGCUACGUUAACUUCAUUGGAUUAUCUCAUUCUUGAUAUUUUUGACUGAAAUUUGAUCAGUCUUAGUUGGCAUAUGUGCAUUCUGUACGAAUUGUCUCGAUGUAAUCAUUGUGACAAGUUAUUGUAAAAUAAAUAGAAUGUGAUUGGCAGUAGAAUCCAAGACGCGCGUUUCAUCUUACUCGGCACUCGUCAGCCGAUCAAAUUUCAGUGACAAAUAUCAUCAACAGGAUAAUCCAAACCAUUUUAAGUUAAAUAAACAUAAUACCCAUUGUACAAAUGAAACGCUAUCUGGACUUAGUAGCUAAGUGAACAAGGCGAUGGCAUUUGAAUCGAACAGUACUUGGUUUCAGUCUCGAAGUGAACACCAACUCAGAAGUGUAGCUGGUACAUUCAGCUGAUGAGUACCAAAUAUGACGAAACGCUCGUCCUGAAUUUCACUACGAGUUACAUUCCAUCUCCAAAACUACUUCCUGUAAAAAUAGUAAUAUAAGAAGGAUAGUGGAUAUAAUUUCAUGUUAUCAUGAUCAUCUUCCAGGCGAGCGAUUUCAGUAGGUUCCUUCAGACUAUUAGAUAUACAUACAUCAUUAUUGGAAAUCUGUUAUGUGCUAUUACUUUGCUAAAGUUAUUAGCUUAAAAUAGCGAAACGUUAAUAAAAACAGAAUUUUUUCUAUUUUUUCACUCAUUGAAGAGUAAAAAUUUCUAAUAAUAACGAUCACCAUUUACCUAAUGCCCAAAUUUUUUUCAAAUAAAUAUACCUGGUGUUGGUUCGAACAUCUCUAUAUAUAAUGUGUAUAUUAUUAACUCAUGCACCUGGUGCGAAUCACACUCUAAAUACGUGGGCUAAUGAUACUACUCAGUUGCCUAAACUAAAGUAUGUGAAGCGGGGUUCGAACGUGCUAUGUAGUGGCGAAAAGCCAAGCUCCUUAACCACCAGUGAUCAAGAAAGGUAAGUGCGAUUAAUACGUUGCCUACAUAAUAGAAACAACCAGAUACUGAGUAUUUGUUUCCUUUAUUCACCCGUUAAGUGUAUGAACGCCUACGUCUUUAUUGUUUAAAUGUUCAUUUAUUAUUGUGAUGCGAUUUACAUUCGUGUCAUUUAAAAUUCGUAUAUAUUAUCAAACAGGCUAUACAUGAAACGUAAGGUGGUGGUUGGAGGUAGGUAGUCGAUAAUAGAUCCCAGACCUAUGUUUCGACCCAUAUCGUGCUCGUCAGCAAUGUUUAAUUGUAAUCUUCGAUCCCGUGUCACCCAGUUUUACAGUCGAAGGUGUUACCGCUAAGGCAUCCGGACCGAUUAUAGGAUAAACUUGUAAACAAUUUUGGUUUUUAGCAACAUCUAAAUUAAUAAACACCACUCAUUUUAUAAUGUUGCAUCAUUAAUGGUCUACCUGUUCACCUUAUUCAUUUGUACUUUCAAUAUCAAUACUUACUGUCAGCGAGAUUUAUUAAAUUAUUUGAAUACACGUUUUGAUACUUACCGCGGAUGUAAGUAUAGAUUUGUGGUUCACUGGUAUUGUCUUUCUUUUGAAUGAUAGAGUGUGAAUGGCAAACAAUCUAACAAUGACUCAAGUGAUUUUAGGUUAUCACAUCUACAUUACCAUGAAGCACUUCUUUGGAAUACGGUUGAUGAACGUCAUCCACAACAAAGGCAAAAUUUGUAGCAAGUUUGACUGACAGGACUUCACUGCUGUUAGUUUGGAAUAUGGGAGAUACAUACAACUGUUUGCUUACUUUUCACCUCAAAUGUUUUCUAAAUAUUUAAUAGCUUUCCAGAUAUGCUUGUUUCAGGCACUAAAUUGAACAGUCUUACAUCAAUUGCACUAAGACUCAGAAAUCGUGAAUAACUUGAAAAUUCGACUAUAUAUUAUUUCACCACUUUCUUGAUAGUACAUAGUCUCAUCGUAAGUUUUUCUUAGAUCUAAACCCGAGUAAGCUGUAUGUUGUCGACAAAUAUUAAUGCGUCCAAAUAAUAUUCUCCAUAUCGGAAACAAAACAAAAGUGCGAUAAUUUUAAUGAACCUGAUUUUUGUAGACUAUUUCGGUCCAUUGUUUUUUUAAAAAAUAAAUAGGUAUCCUCAUGGUUUGAAAUUAUUCAAACACUAGCUGGACACUUUUCAUGCGCGUUACAACAUCGAGCAGCUCAUAUCUUGCAAAACUUUAUUUUACAUGGUGAACGAUCUCUUGGUGAAUACUUUUGCAAAUCAAACAUGUUUGAAGUACUAUUAUCCUUGAGUCUACUGCCAGAUAUCGAUCCAGCGGAUCAAGUGCUACCGGAUAUUAAACCUUUGUAUCCCGGAUGCAGUGAUGGACGUAUUCGGGAAAUGGAACAGAAAGAUCGUGAAGGCACAAGAGAAUGUGCUAAAAAAGCUUUAGAACGUUUAAAAGAGCAUGGAUUUGUGCAGAAAACCCCGAACCAAUGAGAAAAACGAGUAGUAGUUAAAGUAACAAUGAACAAAUCAGACAUGCGCAUUUCUAAUAUGUACUCUAAAAAAAUAAUUUAUUUACUAAUUUUUAUGCAUGUUGAUUUAUUUAAUGAAAACUUUUAUUUGUCAGUAUUUUACCCAAUUUAACGAUUAAAACCCACCGCAUGUUGCCUUGAAAAUAAUUUGUCUUAUAAUGCCUAACAUUAAAAGCAUUUUUCUGUUUAUAUUUACCUACAAAUAGUUAUUUUAGAAAUGCUCACUUCUCUUAAUUAUGAGGUAUUUCUGUUUUCUGUGCUUUUAUCCACAAAAUGAAACCUUAUCCGAAUGUUACUAUUUCAAAGUUUAUUUGAUUAUCUUAUUGAUGAUGCUUAUUCGUAUUCUCCUCUCACAGUAUGGGAUGGAUCUCAGUGAAUAGGACAGGGUCAAAUUUUUCAUUCAAGUAAGCUAACUAUACUACCGCAUUAUAAAUCCCUACAUGGAACUGCAUGAAAUUGUCAUAUGCUGCAUAAACCUACUUACACCUUUCUCCCCUCGUGGAGGAGCAUAGGCUAUCCACUAGCAAUCUCCAUCCAAC